AUGGAUGAUAAGCCCGGAAUGGACGCAACACAGAUAAGACUCUAUUUAUCUGAAUGUCGAGAAAUCGACGGGGAAUUUAACUUAGUUCUCAAUUCAGAAAAGGACAAGAAAAAGAUCAGUGUUAAAUCGUUCAACGAUCUACAGGCAAUAAGACUCAGGUAUCAGGACCUUGUGGAUGACCUGAUUGCGGAAAAUAGUCUGCUAGCAGGCAGACUUAUGGAAGCAAGAACACACAAACCACAUGGUGGGGUCAAGCAGCAAAAGGCUACAGCCCUUGCAGCCGAGUUGGCUAGUAAGCCAAAGAAACCAGCUAUGGCUGGUGCAUCGGUAGCAGGAGGCUCCAAGCCUGUGAAGAUGACGUACGCCGAAAGGGUACGAUUCCGUGAACCGAUAACAACGGAUACGGAAGCGACAGCUACCAGCGAUCAGUUUACCGUCGUGAGAAGGAGGAAAAACAGGAAGGCGAAAACCAAGAAGCAAAAUGUGACCUCAGGGACAGACUCUGGUACCGAGACAAGAUCCAAGGUCAAAACAGAUGUACAGAAGAAAGCUAAGGCGGAUAGGCUCAAGAAAAUAGAGCCGCCUAAAACGUUCACUGUCGGAGUAGGUACCUCCACCGUAGGGGACGUGAAGAAGACCUUAUGGUCUGACCUUCUUAAACAAUUAGAUGCACCGAACAUC